AUGUUGCGCCUGACCGUCGGCAUCAGCCCCGCGGCACCGACACCGACACCUCAAGCGGCGGAUGGUAUGCGUCAACCGGCACCAGCACCUCCGACGCUGCGCAAAUUCGACGUACCAAAAAACUGGGACUUUACAUUCUACAUACCAGGAACCUUGACCGAUAUACUCGGCGACACACCAAGAGACUUGGACAAAACAUUCUACUAUAUACCAGAAAACAGGGAAAAUAUAAUAUACAAUAUACCAUCAGGAAACACGGACGAUACAUUCGACGUAACAGAAGAGGAGGCCGAUGUUCUCUGGGCACCAAACAACCAGGGCAAUAUUUUCAUUAAUUACAGGCUUAGUUCGAUCACAAAUAAACUUAAUACGGCCAAGUUAAACAAAGGGGAAAAAAAGCGUAUUUUACGUCAAACAUUUCAGGGAAUUACAAAUGAGGCACUGAAGGCGACGGGCGAUUUCCAAGCGAAGUUGAUGAAAAUAUUGGAUAAAGAAAAUGCUCCUAUGCCAGCAAAAAUGGUUACGCAACUUGUAUCACAGAAAUUAAGCGAGGCAAUCAAGGCGAAAAUCAGAAAAAGAGUAAAUGAGGAAAUCAGAAAAAGAAUAACUGAGGGUGUCAGCGGUGACGACGAAGGGGUGGAUCAGUUAGACGCAGACAGUAAUCAGGGUGUUGAUGGUGACAAGACAACAUUAAACGGCGAUGCUGGUUCAGGAGCAAAGACAAAGGGGAAAGGAUAUGGAAAUGGAAAGAGGUCCAAAAAGGUGCUGUGCAUCUACGCCCCCGAGAAUCUACGGUACUGCGUUAGCCAGUUAAAGGAGCUAUGAGUGUUGAUGCCUGAUGACAUCAUCUAUAUGUCGCGCUUCCAAUUUUGAAAGUACUUAAUAAAAUUUUGUGUGUCCA